AUGAAAAAAAAAACAAUAAUAAAAAAAUCACGGCAAGGCUCCGAGAAGCUGCAUUUUGUAACCGACCCCACUGCGGGGGCCCCGCAGCGCCCUCAGGCGGCCUCCGCCGCGGCUGAGGCCGGGCCCGCCCCUAGCAACGCCCCGCCCCGCCCCGCCCCGCUCCCCCGUCGUGCCCCGCACAAGAUGGCGGCGCCCGUGCUGGGGCGGCGCUGCGGCCGUGCGGCGGGGCUGCGGGGCGGCCUGCGCCAGGCCCCGCUCCCGGCCCCGCUCCCGGCCCCGCGGCCUCUCCACGAGCGGGCGCCGCGGUCGCGGAGCUCCGCGGGCCUGCUGGCGGCGCAGUGCGAGCGAGGCCUGUUCCAGGAGGUGUUCCCGGGGCAGGGCGCGGAGGAGCAGCUGGCGGCGCUGCUGGAGCCGGGCCGCCCGCCCGUCACGGCGUACUGCGGCUUCGACCCGACGGCCGACUCGCUGCACGUCGGCCACCUGCCGGCCGUGGCGGCGCUGCUGCACUUCCAGCGGGCGGGCCACAACGUCGUGGCCGUGGUGGGCGGCGCCACGGCGCGCCUGGGCGACCCCAGCGGGCGGCUGCGCGCUCGCGAGCCGCUGGCGGCCGAGCGGGUGCGCGCCCACGCGCGGGCCCUGCGGCUGUGCCUGUGGCGGCUCUUCGAGAACCACCGGCGGCUCCUCUGGGCGCCCGGCCCCGGCGGGCCCGGCCUGGGGCGGGCCGAGGUGCUGGACAACGCCCGGUGGCUCGGCCGCCGGCCGCUGCUCGGCUUCCUGUGCGGCGCCGGCGGGCGGCUGCGCAUGGGCACGCUGCUGAGCCGGCAGGGCUGCCGCGAGCGGCUGCGCAGCGCCGAGGGCAUGAGCCUGGCCGAGUUCGUGUACCCGGCGCUGCAGGCCUACGACUUCCUGCACCUCCACCGCCGCCGCGGCUGCCGCGUCCAGCUGGGGGGCGCCGACCAGAUGGGCAACAUCAUGUCCGGCUACGAGCUCGUCACCAAGAUGACAGGAACAGAUGUGUUUGGAAUUACUGUACCCCUUAUUACCAGCACCACUGGAGAUAAACUGGGAAAGACUGCUGGCAAUGCAGUUUGGCUCAACAGAGACAAGACUUCUCCCUUUGAGCUAUAUCAGUUCUUUGUCAGACAACAAGAUAACAUAGUUGAAAAAUACCUGAAACUCUUCACCUUCCUUCCUCUUGAGGAGAUUGCCCACAUCAUGGAAAUGCACGCUAAAGAACCUGAAAAAUGGGGCCCUCAGAAACGACUUGCUGCAGAAGUAACCAAGCUUGUUCAUGGUACAGAGGGGCUGGAGUCUGCUAAGAGGUGUACUAGAGCCCUUUAUUACAGCAGUGUGGAGGCACUGGAAGCUAUGUCUGACCAAGAGUUACAGGAACUUUUUAAACAAGCUCCUUCUGCUGAAUUGGUACUUGAACCAGGAAUGAGUGUGCUCGACCUAUGUCGCAAAGCAAAUGCCAUUCAAGAUGGACCUAGUGGGUACCAGAAAAUUACAGAUGGUGGAGUGUCAGUAAAUGGGAUUCGAGUAACCAAUCCUGAGACUGUUCUUAUUCUUGGACAGCAUAUUCUCAAGAAUGGAGUAUCAUUGCUUAGGGUUGGAAAGAAAAAUUACUACAUUAUAAAAUGGCUGCAGUUGUGACAACAGUGUUUCUCUACUGCUUGUUUUUUUUCUGAAUUUUCUCAGAGCAUACUCUGUUGAAGAUGGACUUGAAGAUGUUUCUAUACUGUGCGUUACUAUGCAGCUCACAAACUGCCUGAUACCAAAAUACAGCAACAGGGUUCAAAUAAAGGAAGCUAAGAUUCUAA